AUGACUAGUCCAGUGCAUGUCUUCGUCGUGUCUCCAGACACUCGGUCGGAGCGGCGGUAUGAACUCAGCUUGACGGUCGGGCAGCUCAAGAACAAGCUCGAGUUGAUCACCGGCAUUCCACCUCAUAACCAGUCUAUAUCCGUCUUGGCUUCAGAGGAUGCGACGGAGCCUCUUGCGGUUCUCUCGGACGAUAAUCGACCGCUUGGGUUUUAUGGUGUGCAGGAUUGGCAGACCCUGAAGGUCACAGACCUGGAUCCUACAACAUCCUUCACUGGGCAACUAACGGACACGUCCCAAGUAGAUAAGUUUGAGUUGAGCGAGACAGAGUAUGCCCAGAGACAAGAUACCGUCCUUGCAUACAAGCAGCGAAACAAGAUCGGGCGAUUCUCGGACAGGAAAUCAGAAGAGCCUGUCGAGACGCAGAACGUAGACAUACCCGUCGGCGCACGCUGCGAAGUCGAGACGUCCGUGGAAGACUUCAAGAAGCGCGGGACUGUGCGGUAUGUGGGGCCAACGGAGUUCGCGAAGGGCAUCUGGGUGGGCGUGGAGUACGACGAGCCGUUGGGGAAGAACGACGGAUCUGUCCAAGGGAAGAGAUAUUUUGAAUGCCAGCCCAACUUUGGCGUUUUCGUGAAGCCCGAGCGGGUGAAAGUGGGGGACUUCCCAGUGGAGGAGAUCAACUUUGACGACGAUGAAGAGAUUUGA